ACGCUGUCAAAAAUUAAGAUUUGUCAUAUUAUUAAAAUUAUUCAAUACAAAAUGUAAAUUAUUGAUAUUAUGAAUAUCAUUCAAAAAUAUCUUUUCGACAGUCGGUAACUCGUCUCAUCAUGAUGCCAACCAAAGUUAAAAUUAAAUAGUGUGUGACUAGUACGGGUCACUCAAAUGUGUCCAACCACUGAUAAAUUAGAACUCACCACAACUCAGUCGGAUAUCUUAGUUUUGCAGGAAAAGGGUUUUACAUUAGAAAAACUAAUUGGAGAAGGUUCAUAUGCUAAAGUUUUUAAAGCAACCCAUAUGGUCGACGAAACCCGUCACACCGUGAUGGCUUGCAAAGUGAUAGACACAGCCCAGGCCCCCCGGGAUUAUCUUACAAAAUUUCUACCGCGCGAACUGGACAUUUUAAUAAGAAUCAACCACCCUCACAUAGUACACGUGUCCAAUAUAUUUCAACGUCGAGCUAAAUAUUUUAUAUUUCUACGUUUUGCUGAAAACGGUGAUUUACUAGACUUCCUUUCCCAAAACGGUGCCGUGCCAGAAAAUCAGAGUAGACUGUGGAUGCGUCAGAUCCUAUCCGGCAUUCAUUAUAUCCACACGAUGAAUGUAGCUCACAGGGAUCUUAAAUGUGAAAAUGUCUUAAUAACUUCAAACUAUAAUGUAAAAAUAACAGACUUUGGGUUCGCACGGAAUGUUCGGCAAAGAGACCGAGACGUACUCAGUGAAACGUAUUGCGGUUCACUGUCGUAUGCUGCUCCUGAAGUUUUAAAAGGAGUUCCGUACUUACCUAAACUAGCGGAUAUGUGGUCUAUCGGCAUCAUAAUGUACACGAUGCUAAACAAAGCCUUGCCUUUCAACGAGACUUCUGUUAAGAAACUAUACGAAAAACAGGUGAUGCGCAAGUGGAGGUUCCGUACAAGUGUUGUGAACACGUUGUCUAAUGAAUGUAAGGCGCAGGUGAUGCAGCUGAUGGAGCCCGAGGCGAAGGCGCGUCCCACCGCCAACGCCAUCUUCAAUGGACCAUGGAUAGCUAUGGACCCGAGACUCACGAAAAUGACCUUUCUGGAAGAAUCCUUGUUGAAACAAGCACAGGACGAAUCGUUAAGGAAAGAGAAGGAAAACUUUGAGGAAGAGAGUGAGGUGGAAAGGUUGGCAGAGCUCCGACGGAAGGGUCGAGGGAAAGAGGGUCUGAAGGUACUCAAGAACACCGAUUCAAAUUUCGCUAAAUCGCAACAACUGUUCGACGAAUCGACUUGAAAUGAAAACGCAAAGCAUAUUGAUUCAGUGUUUAUUAUAUUUUAUAUUUAUGAUUUUAAGUUAUUGUAAAAUCUAUUUAAAUACAUUAUUGUAUAAACAGGUUGUUUUCAUAUCAGACGGUGAGACGCCGACAGAACUUAGAAUUAACAUUACAUAGCUAUGGAAGACAAGGGUCCAAAGUUUUGGGUCCGAUUUAUAGUAUUGGACCUCCCUAAAGACUUAGAUUUUCUAAUGAGAAGAUUACCCGUGCUUUAGAAAGGUCCGAAUAUUAUUGACCUUUCAAGGAAAUAUUACAACAUUUAUAUAGCAUUUGGCACAAUGUGGUAGGAAAGGGAUAUUGGGAAAAUAUACUAACAAUGUAUCUAACAACGUCACAUUAAAUUAUAAGGAAAACAACAAAGGAUAUAUCAAAAUCAAAAAUUGGACCAUUGGUAAUCUUGUACGUUACUUUUGAAUGUUUUUUUAAUAUAUAUAGAAUAUUAAAAUUUAAAACUUUGAUUUGUGCGAUAAGGGUUGUGUUAUAUAGUUUUACAUAUAAAUACAUUUUUAUAUACUAACAAUGAAAACUCUUACAAAACUCAACGAGCAGCCGUCUACCCUAGGAGCUAGUAACAAAUUUUAUAAGUACCUAUCAUUACAACAAAGCGGAAGUGAGACGAAUACCUUUAGUACGAACUGGCAUCGUCAAACUAAAUACGGACAGUCUGCCGUUUGAUAUUUAUAAAACUUCACAUUUUUUAGUAUUAAUGAAAAACUAGGAAAUGUGAGUUUACUAUUUGACGACGCGAGCUCGUGGCAGGUCACAGAUUAAUAUUGUCAGUUCUCAGUCAUUAUUCAUAUUCUACGUAGUGUUUGAAA